AUGUUCGUUAUCUUGUUGUUGCUGCCCGUGUUCGUAUCUUCGUUAGGUACUCUGUUAGGGCAAUGUGGCCUGUUCUCGUUGCCUACGCCGUGCCCACCUGUCCCCACGUGCUACGCCGAACCCUACGACGCAACGGACGGCUACUGCUGUGAAGCCGUCUGCAAAGGACUUCCGGUGGUAAGUGCAAUGACUUAUAACAUAACAUAACAAAAAGCCGGCAGGUUGUGCGGAUUGUGCGGUACGCCGAAAGCCGCGGACGAAACGGCCCAGAAAACGGCCCAAAAGGGCAAUUACCCGGUUCAAGCCGACCGUCGACAGCGAACAACCGGCUGGACUUAAAAUUGAUGAGUACCGUGACUUUGACGAGCUCCUCUUGCCUGAAGGCGACUACGUUCAAUCUCGGCACGAUGACACGUGUAACAGUGAAAAACUGAGGAAGAUAAUCAAACAAGUACGUUAAUAUAUUAUAGUAGAUGGAUAUUUAAACAAUAGUAGAUACAUCUUUAUCUACAUGUAAUAUACGUCAAAAAAUGUCAUAAGGAAGUGAAAAAGGUUUGUCUAAACUUUCAAAUCUUUAUGGUUCGUCUACUCUAAAGUCAAAUUAAUGCCAAAAACGAAAAACCAAAGACAUCUCGAAUGUGACAUUGGCAGUACAUUGUAAACUAUAAUUACUCCCAAUGUAAACAAACACAUUUUGUAGGGCCGCGGGCAAAAAACGGUAUCUCUGAAGCACUACAUUCAGAGAAUGGCAGAGGAGCAGCUAGACGAACAAUACAAUGUCAUCUGUGGCAAAGGGCAGUUCUCGUACAUUACUACGACAGACGAGUUCUGCCAGGACACCGUCGAUGACACCACGUGCUAUCUCUUCAAACGCAAUAAACAUGUGUGA